GUGUGGCAGCAGCUUCAGGUGUGUCCGUGGACAAGUUUGAGAGGCACUGUACUGUACCAGUCUCCCUUUAACUGGAUCUUGGCAGAUGGUAGGUGAGCCCGUGAAACAAUAUGAAGAGAAGAAAAUAGCCUUUUAAGGAAAUUGGCCCACAGAAAGGAUGGCCUUCUUGGACAAUCCAACUAUCAUUCUAGCUCAUAUUCGACAGUCACAUGUGACCAGUGAUGACACAGGAAUGUGUGAGAUGGUUCUCAUUGAUCAUGAUGUUGACCUAGAGAAGAUUCAUCCUCCUUCAAUGCCUGGAGACAGUGGGUCAGAAAUUCAGGGAAGCAAUGGUGAGACUCAGGGCUAUGUAUAUGCCCAGUCAGUCGAUAUUACCUCAAGUUGGGACUUUGGUAUUAGAAGACGCUCAAAUACAGCUCAAAGAUUAGAACGACUCCGAAAAGAGAGACAAAACCAGAUCAAAUGCAAAAAUAUUCAGUGGAAAGAAAGAAAUUCUAAGCAAUCAGCCCAGGAGUUAAAGUCACUAUUUGAAAAAAAGUCGCUCAAAGAGAAACCUCCACAUUCUGGAAAGCAGUCAAUAUUAUCUGUACGCCUGGAGCAGUGUCCUCUGCAGCUGAAUAACCCCUUUAACGAGUAUUCCAAAUUUGAUGGCAAGGGUCAUGUAGGCACAACAGCAACCAAGAAGAUCGAUGUCUACCUCCCCCUGCACUCAAGCCAGGACAGACUGCUGCCAAUGACUGUGGUGACAAUGGCCAGCGCCAGGGUACAGGAUCUGAUCGGGCUCAUCUGUUGGCAGUACACAAGCGAAGGACGGGAGCCGAAGCUCAAUGACAAUGUCAGUGCCUACUGCCUGCAUAUUGCCGAGGAUGAUGGGGAGGUUGACACAGAUUUCCCCCCACUGGAUUCCAACGAGCCCAUUCAUAAGUUUGGCUUCAGUACUUUGGCCUUGGUUGAAAAGUAUUCAUCUCCUGGUCUGACAUCCAAAGAGUCGCUCUUUGUUCGAAUAAAUGCUGCUCAUGGAUUCUCCCUUAUUCAGGUGGACAACACAAAGGUCACCAUGAAAGAAAUCUUGCUAAAGGCAGUGAAACGAAGAAAAGGAUCCCAGAAAAUUUCAGGCCCUCAGUACCGCCUGGAGAAGCAGAGCGAGCCCAAUGUCGCUGUGGACCUGGAGAGCACUUUGGAGAGCCAGAGCGCCUGGGAGUUCUGUCUGGUCCGCGAGAACAGUUCAAGGGCAGACGGGGUUUUUGAGGAGGAUUCGCAAAUUGACAUAGCUACAGUACAGGAUAUGCUGAGCAGCCACCAUUACAAGUCAUUCAAAGUCAGCAUGAUUCACAGACUCCGAUUCACAACUGAUGUACAGUUAGGUAUCUCUGGAGACAAAGUAGAGAUAGACCCAGUUACGAAUCAGAAAGCCAGCACUAAGUUUUGGAUUAAGCAGAAACCCAUCUCAAUCGAUUCUGACCUGCUCUGUGCCUGUGACCUUGCUGAAGAAAAAAGCCCCAGUCACGCGAUAUUUAAACUCACGUAUCUAAGCAAUCACGACUAUAAACACCUCUACUUUGAAUCUGACGCUGCUACCGUCAAUGAAAUCGUGCUGAAGGUUAACUACAUCCUGGAAUCACGAGCAAGCACUGCCCGGGCUGACUAUUUUGCUCAAAAACAAAGAAAACUGAACAGACGUACAAGCUUCAGCUUCCAGAAGGAAAAGAAAUCAGGGCAACAAUGACACUGGCCUCCCGCUUCAAUCUGUUGCCAUAGCUCAGAGCCUGCCUGCCAGGGCCAGGUGGCCCUAGAGCCCACCCUGUGUCCUGCAGUCCUCGGGGAGGCCAGCCCCUGCCUCACGAGGACAGGGCUGCUGGGCUCUUGGGGAAGGGGGGGCACCCCCUAGAACAGAGCUGGGGACGUUACCACGGGACCGAACCCUGAGUGGUAAUGGCUUUGAUUAGCAGUGCCCGGGGCCGGACGACACCGAGAGGAGCCACAAGCUGCCCAGCCAUCUUCACUGCCUGACGGCCCCGCCCGAAGAUGUACAUAGCCAUGCCCAGACAUGUCCUUGCAACUUGAUCAAAUUUCUUAAACGAAGAACAAAAAUGUACGGUUCUUUUUUUUUUCUUCCUUUUAAUAAACUCUUUAUCAUGGUUGG